AGUAGAUAACAAAAGGGUAAUGACAGCAACAGGGAAGAGUUCAAAGCCACUGCUGCUGAUCAUCAAUGAUAGACUACUCUUUCUUGUGACCCAUUCUUCAGUAAACCCAUCUGUUCUUUUUCAUUUUUUUACCCUUUUUUUCACUCCCUCACAUAAUCACCUCCCUGCUGAUUCAUGAAAGUUGACUUCUUUGCAACAAAAUCACAGGUUUCUUGCAAGAAAGUUCACUUUUUUUGCCCUGAUUUUGGAAUGUUUCACUGUUUCUUGGUAAAUCAUUAAGAAAUCUGUAUUUUGGAACUGAUUCAAGACUUGUGAGUUUACAAGGAUGUUGUUUUGAUGUUUUCUGAAUGGGAAACGUCGAUGAUAUGGAGAAGACUUGCGAGUACUGCAUGUUACUGAAGCCUGUUGUGUAUUGUAGCGCUGAUGCAGCUCAUCUGUGCCUCUCGUGUGACUCGAAGGUUCACUCAGCUAAUGCUCUUUCCAGUCGUCACCCCCGCACCCUCGUGUGCGAGUCUUGCAGGUGCAACCCCGCGUUUGUUCAGUGUUCCAGCCACCAGAUGUUUAUGUGUCGUGAUUGUGACCGCAGCCAUCAUGGCCCGUCUUCCCAGCACCAGAAAAGAGUGAUCAGUAGCUAUUUCGGGUGCCCUUCUGCUAAGGAUUUGGCGGCAUUGUGGGGUUUCGACUUGAAUGAAUUGGAUUCUAGUACUUUUCUUCAGAGCCAGCUCGUUUCCACAUCGAAUAUAACCGUGGAAAGAUUCAAUGGGAGUUCAAACAUCACGAAACGGUCUAACUCAUCUGCCCGAGGCUCUUCGGGAGUGUCUGAAGUCAGCCCCGUGGCAUCAGUAGUGGCUGCAGACUCAGAAGUUGGAUCCAGCAUAAAGUAUUCUAAGGCUCUAAAAAUGGGCAACCAGCAGGAGCAUAGUUGCCUUAUUCUGCAGCAGAUUCUUGACCUUAAAAGGCUUCAACUGACAGAAGGCAACGAGAGCUCGUCUUUAAUUAGCAGUCACGCCCAGAGGGAAUCGUCAAUCAAGUGCAAAAAAGCGUUGAAUGUAAACAAAACUUUUAGUCAAAAUUUGCCACGCUCACCUGAUCUCGCUCCUGAGCUUCAAGAUUGGGGAGGUGCUCCCGAAUCGGCUGCUGAUCCUUUCCCGUCAGCAUUUCCACAAUUGGAUGGAGACUCGUUUUGGCAAUGCAAAAGUCCAAUCAACAGCAGCCUGCUUUGGCCUCAAAAUAUGCAAGAUCUUGGAGUUUGUGACGAGCUUGGAUGCUUGGAUAGUUUUAACAUGCCCGACGUGGAUCUGACAUUCCACAACAUCGAAGAACUUUUUGGUAGCGAGCAAGAGCUAAAUAAAUCACUACUCGAUGAAAAAGAUGUCAUGUGCUCCUCCUUAGAUAACGAUUCAUCCAUUGAUUUGUCGUGCAAUGGCUACUCAAAGAUGGUCGAGGAUAUAUCAGCAGCUUCCUCGACUUGCAAAGCCCCGUCGGGCAAUGAUGAGAGAGCGAAUAAUCCUUCUACGCGUGUUCAUUCUCUUCCCACAGUCAAGGAUUGCCCUCGCCCCAUUAGGCAGUCGUUUUCAACAUUAUCCUUCUCUGCCUCGAGGUUCAGCAAUGAAAGCAGUGGUACUGAAUACAUGGACAGUGGACUUUCCCCGAUCGCCAAUGGACUAGAGCUCUCGUGCAACUCACAUGACUCCGAGAGUUCGCCCUUGGAUGACAAAGAAAACAUUUCAACACGACACAAGGGAAAGAAGAAGAUCCGUCGGCACGACAAAGAAGCUCAGUAUACUACUCGAAGAGCUCGAUCUAGUAUAAGGAAGAAGGUAAAAGGGCAACUUAUAAAGACGGGAGGCUAUGAAUCUGAUGCAGCAAAUGUAGCUAGGAGCAUUUAAAGUUACCUUCGAUCGUGUACAUAUACUCUUUCCUCGGUAAGCCAAGUACGUUCUCCAAAAGUCCCUUCUUUGUAUCUUCAUCGAAUUGUUCAUCUAUGCCUCGUGUAUAAACACUAUUCUUUUCCUAACACAAAAACAAGAAAGAAAAAGAAAAGGAAAAAAAAAAAAAAACAAAUGCAUUUUAGCUCUCUGAGGUGAAACAGUUGCCUUGUUGCCUGUAUUAUACUGCUCAGUGAAUCUGUAGAAACAUUGCUAUUCCUGUGCUUAUUGUACUCUAUACAUCAUUUUCAUUUCUUGUUGGUGUUAUAAAUUUUUCUGGUUUCUGAUGAA